GCUUCCGGAGAGGCGUUUCCGGUGGCGGCGGCAAGCAGCGGCUGCCGUGGUGGUUCCGGGUGUCUUUGUCCCCCCGGUGUGGCGGCCCUGGCCCGCAGGAUCUCUCUUUUCCGCCAUCCCUCCUCCCCUCCAAAAGCAAACACCUCUGAGAUCAGAGAACGGCAGCCUUCCCCAUGUCCCAGUUUAAGCGCCAGCGGAUCAACCCGCUCCCAGGGGGCCGCAGCUUCUCAGGUGCAGCCUCCACCUCCCUUCUGGGCCCUCCUCCUGGCCUGCUCACCCCUCCUGUGGCCACAGACUUGUCCCAGAAUGCCAGGCACCUGCAGGGCGGGGAGAAGCAGCGGGUCUUCACUGGCAUUGUCACCAGCUUGCACGACUACUUCGGAGUGGUGGAUGAAGAGGUCUUCUUCCAGCUCAGUGUGGUAAAGGGCCGCCUGCCCCAGCUGGGGGAGAAGGUGCUGGUGAAGGCCGCGUACAGCCCGGGCCAGGCCGUGCCCUGGAACGCCGUCAAAGUGCAGACACUCUCCAACCAGCCCCUCCUCAAGUCCCCAGCGCCUCCUCUUCUGCACGUGGCAGCUCUGGGCCAGAAGCAAGGGAUCCUGGGAGCUCAGCCCCAGCUGAUCUUCCAGCCUCACCGGAUUCCCCCCCUCUUCCCUCAGAAGCCUCUGAGUCUGUUCCAGACAUCGCACACCCUCCACCUGAGCCACCUGAACAGGUUCCCUGCCAGGGGCCCUCAUGGACGGCUGGAUCCCGGCCGAAGCGAUGACUAUGACUCCAAGAAACGCAAGCAGCGGGCUGGUGGAGAGCCCUGGGGUGCUAAGAAACCGCGGCAUGACCUGCCUCCCUACCGCGUCCAUGUCACUCCCUACACUGUGGACAGCCCCAUCUGUGACUUUCUAGAACUCCAGCGCCGCUACCGCAGCCUCUUGGUCCCAUCAGACUUCCUGUGCGUGCAUCUGAGCUGGCUGGCGGCCUUCCCCCUGAGCCAGCCCUUCUCCCUCCACCACCCGAGCCGCAUCCAGGUCUCUUCGGAGAAGGAGGCAGCCUCAGCCGUCGGUGCCGAGCCCAGCCCUGCUGAAGGCACCCCUGCUUACAGCUCCAAGGUACUGCUGCUCUCGUGCCCGGGAAUUGAGGAAUUGUAUCGUUGCUGUGUGCAGUUCGUGGAUGACAUGGCUGAGCCGAGAGAGACACCAGAACAUCCUCUGAAGCAGAUUAAGUUCUUGCUGGGCAGGAAGGAAGAAGAGGCAGUGCUCAUUGGGGGCGAGUGGUCUCCUUCCCUGGAUGGUCUCGACCCCCAGGCCGACCCUCAGGUGCUGGUGCGCACAGCCAUCCGCUGUGCCCAAGCCCAGACUGGCAUCGACUUGAGCACCUGCACAAAGUGGUGGCGUUUUGCCGAGUUCCAGUACCUGCAGCCGGGCCCGCCUCGGCGGCUGCACACGGUGGUAGUGUACCUGCCAGAUGUCUGGACUGUCAUGCCUACUUUGGAAGAAUGGGAGGCCCAGUGCCAGCAGAAAGCCACAGAGGCAGCUUCCCCACCCCAGGAGGUGCCACAGGAAGCAGAGCCUGCAGAACAGGCCUGUGAUGCGUCGGAGCAGACAACAGAGUCUUCGAAACAGAAUGCAGACCCUCCUGAGGCUACCACCCAGCAGGAAGCGGACACGGACCUCCCAGAAGCCCCUCCGCCGCCUCUAGAACCCGCUGUCAUUGCACGUCCUGGCUGUGUCAACCUGUCCCUCCAUGGGAUGGUGGAGGAUCGGAGGCCCAAGGAAAGGCUGUCUUUUGAGGCAGGUGUCUGGAUGUUGAGUCUGUGGAGCGGCGUGUGGGGGCUGGGAGCCUUGGCACAUUCACUGCCCACCUCCCCACAGGUGCUGGUGCUGGCUGAGCUGUUUCUAGAGAUGCUGCAGAGGGAUUUCGGCUACAGGAUUUACAAGAUGCUGCUGAGCCUUCCUGAAAAGGCUGUGUCCCCGCCAGAACCCGAGAAGGAAGAGGCAGCCAAGGAAGAAGUGGUCAAAGAGGAGGAAGCUGUGAAAGAGGCCGUGGUGAAAGAGCCGAAGGAGGAGGAGGCACAGAGCGAGGGCGCAGCUGCCGCGGCAGAUGCAUCGCUGAAGGAAGACGGGCUGCUGCCCAAAGCGCCCUCUACAGGCGGAGAGGAGGAGGAGAAGCCGCGGGCUGAGGCGACCGAGGAGCUGUGCGAGAUGGCCCUGGACCCCGACCUGCUGCUGCUAAGGGAUGACGGCGAGGAGGAGUUCGGAGCAAAGUUGGAAGAUUCAGAAGUGCGCUCGGUUGCCUCCAACCAGUCAGAGAUGGAGUUCUCUUCGCUUCAGGACAUGCCCAAGGAGCUGGACCCCUCUGCUGUGCUCCCCCUGGACUGCCUGCUUGCCUUUGUGUUCUUCGAUGCCAACUGCUGUGGCUAUUUGCACCGGCGAGACUUGGAGAGGAUCCUGCUCACCCUGGGCAUCCGACUGAGUGCAGAGCAGGCCAAGCGGCUGGUCAGCAGGGUGGUGACCCAGAACAUCUGCCAGUACCGGAGCCUUCAGUACAGCCGCCAGGAGGGCGUGGACAGCGGGCUUCCUGAGGAGGUGCUCCUGGGAAACCUGGACCUGCUGCCUGCUCCUGCGAACAGCACAAAGCCCGGCACAGCCCCCGUGGAACACAAAGGCCUGGUGCCCCACAACGGCAGCCUCAUCAACGUGGGCAGCCUGCUGCAGCGUGCGGAGCAGCAGGACAGCGGCCGGCUCUACCUGGAAAACAAGAUCCACACGCUAGAACUAAAGCUGGAGGAGAGCCACAAUCGUUUCUUGGCCACGGAGGGAACAAACAAGACCCUGGCAGCCGAGAUCCAGGAGCUGAGAGCCCGGCUGGCCGAGACCGAGGAGACGGCUCAGACAGCCGAGCGGCAUAAGGGCCAGCUCCAGCGGCUGCUCCAGGAGUUCCGCAGGCGCCUGACGCCCCUGCAGCUGGAGGUGCAGCGAAUGGUGGAGAAGGCGGACGGCUGGGCCGAGAGGGAGGAGCCGGCGCCCAGCAACUGAGCCUGCGGGCCUGGGCGGUCAGCGGUGGAGCCGGCUGGUGUUAGAGCCUUUGGUACCGGAAAGCGGCGCAGCAGGACCUGGGAGCCUUAGGAGUGGCUGACCCUGCGCUCAGCCUCUGUGAGGGAAGGCAAGCCAUCAGUGUGGGGCCUGGGCGACACGGAACAGAUGUGUGAGGAACCCCAGUUCCCAUGACAACUCAACAUCUUGUACCCCUACAAUGUCAUUUUGCCCUCAACCUUGGAAUCCUCCUGGGGCCCUUGUAGUUGUGCUGACUUUCUCCUGUCCUCUUCCGGUCCAGACUCAGGGGAGGAGGAACAGGCCUUGGAGUCUGUGACAAGGUCUGGAGCUGCCGGUAAGCUGGAACGCCAGAUGUGGAGCCGGCCCGGGCCGGCUGAGGAGCCCCUGCCGUGGCGGUUCCAGGUGCAGGCUCCUGGGAAGGGGCUCCCGUGGAGGUCAGGGAGGGAGCCUGUGUGUGCUCCGGGCGCGGGGCUGCGAGUGCGGUGCUGCGGCCCCGUGCCCCUCCCCGCAGAAGAAACCAGCACCUCUUCCCCGGCUCCUGUGUUCAGAAUGUGGUAUUGGCUCUGGCCCUAUCUAUCCCUGUCCCUGUCCUCUCACCUCUUUCCAUAAUCCGUGGUUUCGGUUUGACUUUGUACAUAAAGUUGUUUUUUUUUUUCCCUGCCUUUUUUUUUUUUUUAAAUAAACCAAAGUCAAAAACAAGCUAAGUAUGUCUGCCGUAGCUGUCCCCUCCUCUAAGUUUGCCCUGGGCCCGCCACUGCCUCGGCAGAGGGCAGCAGGCCGCCGGGAAGUGCCCUGGCUGCUCCCCUUCCUCGCU